AAACGUUUGCAGUUCAAAGCACUCACGCGUUCUGGGGAUUGUACUCGGGGACUAGAAAGGAGCUCUUUAUCGUUUCAUUCUGCAGAGUUGAAAACAAACUCCUACCAGCUGGCUCUUCUUCUUUUUUUUUUUUUUAGCCCUUGCAAGUGCGGAUCCGUUUGCACAAAAACACGCGGAUCCAGGAAGCCUGCAAGAAACUCGUGCGUAAAGACACUUGAUCUCCAAGUCCCCUUUACGCACCGCACCGGAGCAAGAACGUUUUUCACUUUUUGCGCCUUUUUUUCCAUCGUAAAAGACUUUGACCAUCCUGGCAAGGUAAAGUCAACUUACAGGCUUUCCUUGCUUUCGCUCGAAAGAAGAAGUAGGUACCCGUUUUUCACGCGUAAUUUGGCACCGACAAGUUUUUCGUAUGAAUCUCCUCGACCCCUUUCUGAAGAUGACGGAGGAACAAGACAAGUGUCUUUCUGACGCCCCGAGCCCGAGCAUGUCCGAGGACUCUGCGGGCUCCCCGUGCCCGUCCGGGUCGGGCUCCGACACCGAGAACACCCGGCCGUCGGAGAACGGGCUGCUCAGAGCGGACGGCACCCUGGUCGACUUCAAGAAAGACGAGGAAGACAAGUUUCCCGCUUGCAUCCGCGACGCCGUGUCCCAGGUGCUCAAGGGCUACGACUGGACCCUCGUGCCUAUGCCGGUGCGCGUUAACGGAUCUAACAAGAACAAGCCUCACGUCAAGAGACCGAUGAAUGCCUUUAUGGUGUGGGCUCAGGCUGCACGGAGGAAGCUGGCGGAUCAGUACCCGCACCUUCAUAACGCGGAACUCAGCAAAACUCUCGGGAAACUCUGGAGACUUCUCAACGAGGGAGAGAAGCGGCCGUUUGUGGAGGAGGCUGAGCGGCUCCGGGUGCAGCACAAGAAAGAUCACCCGGACUACAAGUACCAGCCGCGGCGGAGAAAGUCGGUGAAGAACGGUCAGAGCGAGUCAGAAGACGGCAGCGAGCAGACGCACAUUUCCCCUAAUGCCAUCUUCAAAGCUCUCCAGCAGGCGGACUCACCGGCUUCCAGCAUGGGAGAGGUGCACUCUCCAGGAGAACACUCAGGCUCCCAAGGCCCCCCUACCCCUCCCACCACCCCAAAGACUGAUGUCAGUUCAAGCAAGAUGGACCUAAAGCGCGAAGUUGGCCUCCGCUCUCUGCCCGAUGGCCCCAGCGGGCGCCAGCUCAACAUCGACUUCCGUGACGUGGAUAUCGGCGAGCUGAGCAGUGACGUCAUCUCCCACAUCGAGACCUUUGACGUCAACGAGUUUGACCAGUACCUCCCGCCCAACGGCCACCCGGGCUCCGCUAGCGGCGGGCCCGGCAGCGCCGCAGCAGUCAGCUACACCGGCAGCUACAGCAUCAGCAGCGGCCCCCCGGUCAGCCCGCAGGCGGGAGGUGCCGCCGCCGCCUGGAUGGCUAAAAGCCAGAGCCAGCAGGGACAGCAGCAGCAGCAGCACACCCUGACCACCCUGGGGAGCAGCGGCAGCUCAGAGGCCGCCCAGGCGCAGCACAGGACCCAGAUCAAGACGGAGCAGCUGAGCCCGAGCCACUACAGCGAGCAGCAAGGCUCCCCGCAGCACGUCACCUACAGCCCCUUCAACCUGCAGCACUACAGCCCCUCCUCCUCCUACCCGGCCAUCUCCAGGCCACAGCAGUACGACUACUCCGACCACCAGGGGGGAGGCACCGCCGCCUCAUACUACAGCCAUGCGGGGGCGGGGCAGGGCUCAGGGCUGUACCCAACUUUCAGCUACAUGAGCAGCCCAAGCCAGAGGCCCAUGUACACACCGAUAGCCGACAACACGGGGGUACCUUCCAUCCCACAGAGCAGCCCGCAGCACUGGGAUCAAGCUCCGGUUUACACCCAGCUCACCAGACCCUGAGCCGCCUGGCAGACUGAAAGACAAGACACACAAAUACAAACACACACACACAGACACACACACGUACAGCCACACACACAUCCGACGAACACACCCUACACUUUACUCCAGGGAGAGUUCUACCCCUGAAUCAGACACUUGAAUUCGAAGAAGAGGAGAGCUGGACUUGUGAUUGGCUCACGUAGUGCCUUGCUAUUGUAUCAUUGAUAGAAACUAUAUAUAUAUUUUUAGAGAGAUGAAAAGACUUAAAAAUCCUCUGUGAGGACUUAUUGAUUGUCGAUAUUUCAGUAGGUACUGUGUAUGUUUCCUUUUGUUUUUCUCUUCAUAUGCUGGCAGUUUGUAACCCAUGGGGGCAUGGGGGGGCGGGAGGGUUGGGAUAAUUAUUCUGUACCUGUAGAUAUUAAACAAACAAACAAACAAACAAACAAAAAAAAGCUUUAUAUUUUAACCAGUUCGGCAACUAACCACUUUGGGUAGUGCAGGUUCUGGUCCUCUGUCCGAUCGUCAUACAAGGGUUUCUGUUACUUUUCCGUUGCUUACUCUUUUCGUGUGCCAUUCAGCAAGUGUGGUUCAGUACCUUUAGCCAUUGCGCCGUUGAAGCAGUGUGUCGUGAUCGUCCGAAGAGCUAUUAAGCAAUACAAGAGAAAGAGAGAGACUUGGUUUCACAAUGCUGUGCUGUCUCGACAGUGAGGGUACUGGGGAGGGGGGUGGGGGUAGGGGUGGGCGCGGAGGGGUGGGUGGACUGCAGCCCCCUUCCACCAUCGGUGCCUUGGAUUUUUACAUUUUCCCGUACUUUUUUUUUUGUAUACUUGUGUGUGUGUGUUUGUGCACGCGCAACGGCCACAGCUGAAAUUACACUUAGCCUCCAACAGCAUGUGUUUGACAGCUACAGGAAGUCACCUUUGACCCCCUCGGGUGCCCCCCUCCCAUGCCCUCCCCCCCUCCUUGCAGUCUCCACUCCCUCACCACCCACCCCCCCAUGCUGGUGUCCAACACACUCCCCUCGAGCUCCCCCCCAGGUCAAAUCCAGUCUUAACCUUUUAUUUAUUUAUUAGCGUUAACUUUAUUUCAAAGUAAUUAUUUUGCAUACUAUUCUUAUAACUAAUGAAUUGUCCUCUUUGCGAUGUAGACAGCAUAUAAAUCCCCCCCUCCCCGCCCCCCUUUUUUUUAAUUUUGAUUUUCAACCCAGGAGGUACUUAGACAAAAAUGGUACAUGCUGUAAUCGUCUUUUUUUUUUUUUCUUAAUUUAUCUUAUCUAAAUGUCUAUUUUAAGUAUGUAUUUUUUUCUCUUGAGGGUCAGGGGGACUAUCUAACACAAUGCGUAUGGAUUAUUUGUUAUUUGUGAAUUUUUUUCUUAUGAGUUUGACUUUAAACUAUGGCUGAAAGAACUGGAAAAUGGUAUCUCAGUUACACAGAUUUUUACAGUUUUUCCUGUUUUAGGCUUUUUUGUUGUUGUUGUUGAUGUUGUUGUUGUUGUUGUUGAGCGAUCACCAGAAGGACCACCCAUCCUUUCUGCUCUGCGAGCUCCACUUCCUUUUCUUAUUGAUGAACUGACGUUUCCAGUACUUUUUUUUUCGUCCUCCUCCUGCGAUCUCGCCAUGUAUUUGUACUGUCUUUACAGAAUCUUUUGUAUAUGUAUUUGCAAUAAAAAAAAGAAAAUGCUAUUAAAAAAAAAA